AAUAAACCUAGGUUCCUACCUAUUAGCAUCGGUGAUACACUGCUAUUAGAUACGGGAGCCCGUUAAGCAAAAGCUUCUUCUAUUCCGUCCAGAAUCAUUUGAAAGCCAUUUGAAGGAUAUUGGAUAGUAAAUGUGUUAGGCUUCAAGUCAAGGUCACUUAGGUCCGUUUUGGGACUUAUAGGUUUAUUAACUAGUUAUGUUUCGUUUAAAAUGUGCUUUUCAAGUGUACGAUUGGGGUAAAGUUGGAGUAAACAGUGAGGUCUACAAGCUAUUGAGUCAAACUCAAGAGCUAGAUAACUUGAAGCCGUAUGCAGAGCUAUGGAUGGGGACUCAUGUUUCUGGACCGUCUUUCAUGAUGGAUAGUCCUUCAAUAUCUCUUGACACCUAUAUUUCAAGAAAUCCACACUGUUUAGGUUCGAAAGUGUCUGAAAAAUUUGGCAAUGCUUUACCUUUUCUGUUCAAAGUUCUUUCUGUGCGAAAGGCGCUAUCUAUCCAGGCCCAUCCAGACAAGGUAAGUUCGUACACAUUAAUCCGGUAGUGGCUAAUUUUAUUCUUGGUUUGUCUUUGCCUUUAUUGGUGUUUUCAUGUAAAACAGUUGUGGUUUAGUAUACACCUUAAUAAAAAAACGAGAAAAGCCAUGGUGCAAAUAUCAAAAUAUUAUUAAAGGUAGGUGUGCCAUUAAUUGUAAUAUAGGAACCCUAAAAUUAUAUUCAAAUCAUGAAUCAUUCAUUUAUUCUCGCCGUCUUCUGACUAACCAAAACGACAAACACCCCAAACUCAUCCGCCUGUUUACUUCAGGUUUACUCGAUUAUGUUUUUGUAAGAUAGGACUAUUAUUCUGAAAGAAGGCGGUUUCGUUUACAACACAACUGUGAUUAUCAUCGUAAAAUGAGUCUUGUCCCAUGAAAAAUGUAGUCGGGACUACAGUAGGGUCGCCACUCGUUUCGAUCUAAAUUUGUAACUUCUGUCAAGUAAUCUGUAGGACUACAACCAUGGAAUUGCAAUUGACUUAAAGGCACCAGUCUCAUGUAGCAACUUUUUGUGCAACGAUAUCACUUCGCUAAAUAACUUUCUGUUUGCUAUAUUCAAUCACCUUCAAGGUCUGUAAAUGAUCCAUGAUUUGUAGGAUGUUGUUCUAAAUGUUCUUUGGGCUCAUGUAGAUAAUUCUCUACACUUGGCUCAAAAAUUUCUAGGUCUUAUGAUGGUGGUAAUGAUCUACAAAAACUUAUUGCAACCUUAAAGUCGUUUAGUUUUUACAAGAAAAAUAACCCGAUAUUAUUAGUGAUAUAUAUUAGUGAAAUGUCCUCAUAAACUUGAAGAGCUCAUCAUUUUAUCAUAAACAAAUUUUCAUAUCCAAAUCUCGUAAUUGUUCUUUUUCCACCUAGUUCUUACCCGUCCCUUUAUUUGAACCUGUAGCUCACCUCGAACCUCAUUUCUGCUCUAUUUGAAUAAAAGGCGUCACUGAAUGUAACAUCUGUUGUCGACAUUACUAAAGGUUGGGAUGUUUUCUGGUUUGUGAUAUAGAAGGAUACUUCAACGAUACUAAGUAUGAAUAAAUGUUACGUAUCCUAUCAUUAACUUUCUAGCAGCAAUGAUUGUAUAUAGUGGAACCACUAAGAGACCAAUGUUGAGAUAACGCAUAAAGUCUCGUUGGAAGAGUUCAGUUAGUCGAUGAAAUUAUGGGCGUUCACUGACGGAAGUGACUCAGUCCAGUCCAUUAAUUAUCUUCCUUUAAGUCUCAAUCAUUUUAUAACCCUUCAGUUAUUUUCGUUUGUUUAAUUUUGAUCAUGUCGAUUUUAAUAUCUCUCCCUUUUAGGCGAGUUUCUCGUAUACUAUUGUAAAGUGUUUUAAACUGAAGGUAUACUUUUACACUACAUUCUUCGUCAAAUUCCUUGCUUGAAUAAUGCAUUUUGAGGUCUUUGUCUCUGUAUUUAGCGAACAGUCUUUUAGUACCAUUUUCCGUUGUUUUCUGUAUUAGUCAUUAUGACUUGCUAAGAAAAGCUUGUCAUGGUGUUUUCCUUUCAAGGAAAGCUAACAGUUUAAUUUUCUCGUUUUAGGAGUAUGCUGUCAGGUUACAUGCUAACAGACCUGAUUUAUACAAAGAUGCUAAUCACAAACCAGAAAUAGCUAUCGCAUUAACACCUUUUGAGGCGAUGGUCGGUUUCAGACCACCCGAAGAAAUUGGUGCCUUUGCGAAACAUAUUCCUGAACUUCACGCUAUUAUUGGUCCAGAUUUUACAAAUGACUUGUUAAAUAUCUUCACAGAUAAAACACUUACUUCUUCGUCAAUUAAAGCCGCCUACUCUCGUUUGAUGAAUGCCGAGUCCAGUGUUGUCAGUAAUUUAGUGGAAGCUUUGAAAAGACGUCUGACUAAUGGUGAAAAGAUAGUUAUCCCACCUUUUAAAAAUUAUAUUCUUGAUACAGAAGCUCUUGGAGAGAUAUUCAUUCGUUUGGCAACAGAUUACCCUGGAGAUGUUGGUUGUUUUAGUUUGUUCUUUUUUAAUUAUUUAAAACUCAAUCCAGGAGAAGCAAUUUUUCUUGAACCUAAUUUGCCACAUGCUUAUUUAUCCGGUGAUUGCGUGGAAUGUAUGGCUUCUUCGGAUAAUGUAAUUCGUGCCGGUUUAACACCGAAAUUCAAAGAUGUGGAUCAUCUGCUUCGAAUUAUUCAAUAUGAACCUCGAUGGGGAUCAGCAUUGAAAUUUGUUGGGCAGACGAAAAAAAUUGUACCAAUCGAUUCAGAUGUGCAUACUAGUGAUGAUCAAGAAAAGAAAUCAAUUAAAGAUGAUACAUCAGUUAUGUCUGAAAUUGUGACAUUUUCUCCUCCAGUUGAUGAUUUUGCUGUGGAUAAAAUCUCAAUAUCGGACAAGGAUAAAAUAGUCCAGUUUUCGCCAUUGAAAUCUGCCAGCAUUUUGAUUAUUAUCUAUGGGAAAGGCACAUUACAACGUUUGCAUUGGGAUCCUUUAUCCACUUCUAACACUAAGGUAGACAAUCACAGAUCAAAAUAUGCGGAUAAUUAUCCAAUGCCUUCUGCGUUUGUUUGUGAAUCUUUUGAAUACGAUCAAGGAUCAGUGUUUUUCAUCAACGCUGGAACUGCUUUCAGUGUUCAUCAAUUACAGAAAAAUGAUUCACAUUUAUUAGCAUUUCGAGCUUAUGCAAAUGUCUCCACUGACUAAAUAUUAUUUUUUGGAAUCCUUUCUUACCCUCAUACUUAUAAUUUAUAUUGAUUUUUUGUUUUCUAGAAAUCCGGUUCUCUAAUUAGUUAGCAAUAAACAAUGUAUUCAAUCUUAUCAUUUGGAAACUGUAUUUUCCUUUAAUUGGCUCUUUAAUAAUAUGUGAGAUAUAUAAACAAUAAAAGUAUUAUUAUUAUU